CUGACUGAAGUGGGCGGGGUCUUUCCAUACGAUGCCGGAAGUGUUAUGUAUUACAGUUAAUGUGAACACACCGAGCUUUGUUUUCACAAUGUCUAAAUAUGAGGAAAAUAUAUGAGAUAAAUACAUCAAAGCGUCUUUGAAAGCGUAAAGGAGUGCGGUGAAAGCAGGCAGGAGGCAUGAUGUCUGAGCACAGCGACUCCAGUCUGCCGUCUGAGGAGAGGGUCCGUGCUCUCACCAAGCUGGGCAGCUCUGUGGACGUCAGUGAGGAUGUGCCGCCGCGCCGGUACUUCCGAUCAGGGAUGGAAAUCAUCCGAAUGGCCAGCAUCUAUGCAGAGGAGGGGAAUGUCGAGCAUGCGUUCAUUCUUUACAAUAAGUACAUCACGUUGUUCAUUGAAAAACUUCCUAGACAUCGUGAAUAUAAAACAGCCAAUAUUCCUGAGAAGAAAGAAACGAUGAGGAAAUUAAAGGAAGUUGCUUUUCCGAAAGCUGAGGAACUGAAAAAGCUGCUUCUCAAGCAGUACGAAAAAGAACAUGCCGAAUAUUUUGUUCAAAAGCAAGCGGAGGAUGAGGCCCAGGCUCGAGAAGUGGCCAAGCAGCGGGAUCUGGAGGCCGAGAGGCAGAGACAGGCCGAGCAGCAGCAGCGUAUGCGUGAGCAGGAGCAGUUCAGUGCCUUUGAGGAGAUGAUCCGCAGACAGCAGCUGGAGAAGGAGCGCCAGCGCAUCAUGCAGGGGUUCAGUGUCCCGGAGUCACCCACCUCUCCCCGAGAUCUCCUGGUGCCUGAUGUACAAGGACCUCCACAGGCCUCAUUUACACCACCGACGACCCCUGGAGGAACCCCGAACCAUGUCUCUCAAACUUCACCCCUCCCAGCAUUUGACCGCUCUCUGAAGCCGAGUGUUCCAGUCAGUGCAGGACACAGUGCGUUGGUAAACGGCUUACGGCAGCUCUUUGUGCCCGCCGAGCUGUGCCAGAGGUUUUUAAAGCUAGCAGAUGCCAACACAACACGGGCCGUGGAGACCUGUGGGAUUCUCUGCGGCAAGCUGAUGAAGAACGCCUUCACAGUGACACACGUGAUCGUGCCCAAGCAGUGUGGAGGACCAGAUUACUGUGACACAGAGAACGAGGAGGAACUUUUCCUAAUCCAGGAUCAGAAUGAUCUCAUUACACUGGGCUGGAUUCAUACCCACCCGACCCAGACGGCCUUUUUAUCCAGUGUGGACCUGCACACACAUUGCUCUUAUCAAAUCAUGCUUCCAGAGUCUAUAGCCAUUGUGUGCUCACCUAAAUUCAAUGAGACGGGCUACUUCCGGCUGACAGACUACGGGAUGGACGAGAUCUGUUCCUGCAAACAAAGAGGAUUCCACCCGCAUCCAAGGGAGCCGCCCCUCUUCUCUGCUAGUCAACACAUCACCAUCACUGACGGAAGUGUGAACGUGAUGGAUUUGCGGUGAUUUCAUCACUGCUGCUGCUGCGAAAUACGUGCCUUUGCUCUUGACCUCACAGCGACUUGCCAAGAAGCUCCUAAUAGGCCAAAAAGGUCCCGUGCUGAACAUUGCUACAUAGACACUGGGCCUCUAUUAUCACAUCUUAGCAUUCUAUAUUGGUUUAAUUCUGUAAUAUCCAAAUGUGUCCAGUAGGAGCUUAAAGUUGAGGUGUGUAGUUUGUAGCAUUAGCAGCAUCGAAUGGAUUUGUGAAAAUGAAGAAAGUUGUGCCCUUAAGAAAGCAUAAUGGAAAAAUAGUGAUGCAUGGCUUCUGUGAGCUUCCAUUUGUUGAAACCAGGUAAUUCUAUUAUUAACUAAUUAUGUUGCAGAAAUUACACACUUCCCCUAUGAACACCUAUAAAUAUUUCAGUGUGCACUGCAAAAAAAGAUUUUCCAAUACAAGUAUCUAAACAUUUACUUGAGAAACAAAAUUAAUUAAGUCUCAUUUUCUAACAAAAAAUAGCAAAAG